CUUCGGGUGCGGUCGGCUGUUGCCCGUUUCUCGGCUCCGGCGUUGAAUCGAGCCGGAGCGCGGGUCUCCCCGGACGCCUCGCCUCGCCUUGGCAGGCCGCAAGGGCUGCUGGGAGUUGUGGUCGCGACCUCGCCGUGGCCAGGCUCGGGGCGCCGGCGGCGGAGGUCUCCAGGGGUCACGGCUGCCCGCGUCUGCCGGCAGGAUGUCGUCGCUGCUCUCUCUCCAGGAGGAGAACCGCCUCUUGCAGCAGGAGCUGUCCCGCGUGGAGGACCUGCUAGCCCAGAGCCGGGCGGAGCGCGAUGAGCUGGCCAUCAAGUACCACGCGCUCAGCGAGCGGCUGGAGGAUGCGCUGCGCCUGGAGACCGGAGAGCGAGAGCCCCUGGAGAACAAGAGCUUGGCCAAGCAGAACAUUGAGCUGCGUCGGCGGCUAGAAGAGGACCAGGCGUGCUACAAGCGCAAACUCCAGGCCUACCAGGAGGGGCAGCAGCGGCAGGCGCAGCUGGUGCAGAAGCUGCAGGCCAAGGUUCUGCAGUAUAAGAAGAAGUGUGGGGAGCAAGAGCAGCAGCUGCUGGAGAAAUCCACGGAGCUGGAGCAGCAGCAGCAGCUUGGCCACUUAGACAUGGCUGAGCCGCUUCUGUGUCACGACGAAGAUCACAGCAACGACCUGGAAAACGCUCUGAUCCGUCUAGAGGAAGAGCAGCAGAGGAGCGCCAGUUUGGCCCAGGUCAAUGCCAUGCUGAGGGAACAGCUGAACCAAGCCAACGUGGCCAACCAGGCCCUUAGCGAGGACAUCCGAAAGCUGACGGUGGACUGGACCAAAGCCCGAGAGGAGCUGCAGCAGCGGGAGGCAGAAUGGGGGCGAGAGGAAGAGUCGUUCAAUGCUUACUUCAGCAGCGAACACGGCCGGCUGCUCACCCUCUGGCGACAGGUGGUCGGCCUCAGGAGGCACUUCAGCGAAGCGAAGACCACGACAGAAAGGGACCUCUCGGAGCUGAGCGGCGAGCUGUCCCGGUCGAGCCGCACGGUGCACGCCGCCUGCCUGAGCCUGAGCAGCCGCCUUCGCCUGUCGGAAAGUGGUGCCAGUGCAGCCGCGGAGAAGCAGGCCCUCUUGUCGGCUCAGCUGGAGGAGCAGCUGAAGGACAAGGUCCGGGACGUGAUCCAGCUGCAGGUCCGGUGUGACGCAGAGAAGGCAGACCUGAGCGGCAGGCUCAGUGAAGCUCUUUCAGGUCUGGAACGCCUGAAAGGACAGAACCUGGAGAAGGGCAGGACAAUUGAAGUGUUGACCCACAAGCUGGAGACCUUGGAAGCCUCCCGUGCGCAUGAACAGGCCGCGGAGGUGGAAGCGCUGCGGACGGAAGCUGAGAAGCUGCAGCGGGGGCUGCGGGAUCUCGCCCAGGCAGUGAUCUUGGACACAGAUGGCGCUGGUCCCCUCCCGGGCCCUGACGAAACUGCUGACAUUUCAGGCAGCGAAUGCACCGGCGUGUGGGGCUUGUCCUCUCCCCGACACAGCCUCUCCCCUGGCUUGGCAGCCCCCGCCCUGGCUGCGGUGCAGUCUGCCCUACAGAAGCGCCAGCUGCAGCUGCAGGAACUCCGGGGAAAAUACGAGGCCGCUCAGGACCUGGUGUUUUCCCUGAAGAGACAGCUGGCCGAGAGCAACAGUGAGCGACGGUCUCUGGAGCAGAUAGUCCUGCAGCUGCGAAACGAGGUGGAGAGUCUGGCUCAGGUCAAGGAGGAUGCAGGCCAGGACGCCAGCCGUUUCCAGUCAACGAUAGAGCUGCUGGGCCGCGAGAAGCUGUCCUUGGAGAAGGGCCUCCGGGCUGCACAGCAGGAGCUGGAAGAGGCACGUCUGGAGAAGGAGAAACUGCAGCUCACCAGCAGUGACCUCCGGCACCGGCACGACGCCCUGGAGGAGGAGAAAGAGGACCUCCUGAAGGAUCAGGCGCGAGCCUGGGAGGAAGUUGAGCGGAGCCGUGAGCAGCUGGAGCAGCUGGAGGCCACCAAGUCCAGUCUGAAGAACAAGCUGGUGCUGACGAAGGAAACUCUCAGCAAAGUAACUCUGGAGAAGGAGGUGCUGGAAGACGAGAAGGCCAGAGGAGCUGAAGCGCUCGCCAAGAACGAGGUGAGCCGGGCUGAGCUGGAAGUGGCUCUGAACCGGCUGAAGGCUGAGGAGGCUUCAAUGCGUGACUCCCUUGCCAAAAUGAGUGCCCUCAGCGAGGGGUUGGCACAAGACAAGAUGGAGCUGAACCAGGUUCUUGUCCAGCUGGAGGAGGAGAAGGCCUCUCUCCUGAGCAAGAAGCAGGAGGCGGAGCUGGAGAAGGCUGGCGCCCGGGAGGACCUGGUCCGCUUGUCGCAGGAGAAGCUGGAACUGGAUGCAGAGCGCCGAGGGCUGGGCCGCUCCCUGCGGGCGGCAGAGCAGAGCCGGGAGGCCCUGGAGCAGGAGCGGCUGGCCCUGCAGGAGGAGAAGGGGCGGCUCUGGGAGCAGCUGGGUCAGCUCUCCCGCCAAAGGACCGCAGCCAGCGAGGAGCUGGGCCAGGCGCGCCAGGAGCUGGGCCGCCAGAACGAGUCUGUGCUCCGGGUGGCCCAGGAGAAGGAGGCGCUGAUGCGGGAGAACGCUAGCCUGCUGGUGCAGGUUGCGGCCUUGGAGCGGGAGAACCGCAGCCUGGCGGAGGAGCUGGCUGGCCUCAGGUCUGGAAAGGACUCUUUGGAGACCACGCUCUUCGAGACCCAGCAGCAUCUGGCUCACCUAGACUCCCGGAGGGAGCAGCUGGAAGCCGGCAGCCAGAGCACGCUUCUGGCCAAGGAAGCUUUGCAAGUGGAGCUUGCAAACCUCCGUAAGCAGAUGGAGAUGGAGGUGGGCCGUCUGGAGAGGGACAAGGAGCUCGUGGCCCAGAACUGCGCCCUGGCGGAGCAGGAGGCCCAGGCCGCCCAGAGGAGCGUGCAGACAGCCUGGGAGGAGGCCGAGCGUCUACAGCAGGAGAAGGAGGUGCUGCGGCAGGAGCUGGAAGCUGAGCGGAAGCAGCUGCCGCACCGCCUGACGCAAGAACGGGAGGAGCUGCUGGCCCAGUACGAGGCCGAGAAGGAGGAGCUGAGCGCCGAGGUCCUGGCUCUGCACCGUGAGCGGGAGGAAGGCCUGCUGCUAGCCGAGAGCGAGAAGCAGCAGGCGCUCUCUGUAAAAGACUCGGAGAAGGCGGUCCUCCUGGAGAAGCUCCUGACUGCCCAGCAGAGCUUGGCCAGUGCCACCGUGGAGCUGGAAAGGCAGAAGCGCGAGAGCCGCAACCACCAGGAGCAGGAGCGGAGCACCGUCGGCACUUUGAAUUCGGAGCUGCGAAAUCUGCGUUCUCAGUUGGAAGAUGCCGUUGCAGGGCACAAACGAGAGGCGACAGCACUGCAGGAGCAGGCCGGGGACCUGGCAAAGCAGCGCGAGUCUGCCCUCUGUGAGGUGGAGGAGCUAAAGACACGGCUACGGCUGCUGGAGGACGCCCGGGAGCUGGUUCGACGGGAGCUGCUGGAGGCCCAGCGCAAGGCGCGUGAGGCCCAGGGGGCCCGUGAUCUCCAGCACAAGGAGGUGGCAGAGCUGCGCCGCGGCCUGGCCGACGAGGGCAAGGAGAAGGAGGCCUUGCAGAGGUCCAGCACGGAGCUGCGUCUUGCCCUGAAGCGGGCUGAGAGUGAGCGCAUCAGUUUGAAGCGCGCAACUGAGGAGAAGGACCAGAGGAUUUUGAUCUUGGAGGAGGCCCAAGCGGCUGCCAGCAAGGAGGCCGUGGAUGUGCGUGGCAGCCUCCAGGCGGUGGAGCAGUCGCGGCUGGAGGCCCGUAGGGAGCUGCAGGAGCUGCGGAGACAGGUCAAGAUGCUCGACAGUGAAAACAGCAAGAAGAGCAAGGAGGUGGCCGAGCUCCAGGCCUGGGUUGCUCUCGAUGAGCAGCGGGAGGAGGAGAGCCGGCGGGAAUCCUUCGGCCUCAAGCAACGGAUCGUGGAGAGUGAGGCCGGACGGGAGUCAGCCCGGAAGGAGCUCCACAACCUGCACCGGAAGGUCCUGGACCUGGAGCACGAGUCCCGGCUCAGGGAAAAGGGGCUGCUGGGGAGCCUGGAGGAAGCCCGGGCCAAGGAGAAGAAGCUGCUGGACGACGCCCACAACCUGGAGAUCAAGCUGGAGGAGGCGCGGGUGGAGGGGGCAGAGCUGGGCCUGCGGCUGAGUGCGGUGGAGGGGCGCGCCCAGGGCCUGGAGGCGGAGCUGGCCCGCGUAGAGGGGCUGAGGCGAGAGGCGGAGCACAAGCUGGGCAGCCUCCACUCGGCCCUCCGGCGCACCCUGGGUGUUGGCCGCAGGGGCCGGGCUCAUGGCGGCGCCCCGAAGAGGCUCUUCUCCCCUGCCCAAGGCACCUCAGCCGCUGAGGGGCCUGCCAGGAGCUCCGCCUCAUUGGAUGGAGGCCCCCUCCCGCUCUCGCCGGAGCGCCCCCCGUCCCCCAGCCAGGGCGAGCAGCUUGUGGCGGACAUCGACCCGGAGUUGGUCCGGAGCGUGCUGCGAGAUUUCCUGGAGGAGCUGAGGGAGGCGCAGCAGGAGCGGGACGAAGCUCGCUCCCAGCUGGGCGCCCUGAACAGUCAGCUGGCCGAGAUGGAGUCUCAGCGCGACCUGGCCAGCGGCCGGGUGCAGCAGCUGCAGAAGCAGGUGGCUGAGCGUGAGGAAGAGAGGCGCAGCGUGGACGGAAAGCUGACGGGGGCUCAGGCGGCCCUGAUGCUCCGGGAGGAGACCCUGCGCUGGAGCGAGCGGGAGCGCAAGGCCCAGGCAGACAAGCUGGCCACCCUGGAGCACGACCUGCAGGCGGCUGAGAGCGAGCGGAAGGCCGUGCAGGAGAAAGUUGGUAAGGUGAAAGCCAACGAGGCCAAGCUGGAGGCGGACAGACGACGCCUGAGGGACGCCCUGGGGGCUUCGGAGAGCCGCAGCACCAAGCUGGAGCUCCUACGGCGGUCACUGGAGGGGGAGCUGCAGCGGGCCAAGGUGGUGCUGAGUGACCGGGAGGCCGAGCUGCAGCUGCUUCAGGAGCGCACCAGCCUUCUGCAGAGGCAGGUGGCCGAGAGCGAGGUGAAAGCCAGUGCGUUGCAGCACUCCAUGGACCAACUCAACCUCUUGCUGGCCAGGACGGCUGAUUCCGAGAGCUCGCUGAGGGAGAAGGCGCAGGGGCUGACGGCCGCCCUGUCGGAGAGCCAGAGUGGCGCCACCUCAGCCCAGGAGAAGGUGCUGCAGCUGCAAAAGGCCCUGGUGGCCAGUUCGUGUGAGCAGAGGAUCCUGCAGGAGCGGCUGGAUGCGGCCCGACAGGCCCUUGUGGAUGUGAAGAAGCAGAAUGGCGCGCUUUCGGAGUGCCUACAGGUCCUGAAGGGGCAGCGGGCCGAGCUGCAGCUGCAGAAGGAGGCACUCGAGGGGCUGGGGAGGCAGCAAGAAGAACUGCUGCGCCAGCGCCAGGAGGGGGAGGCGGCUUCCCUGCGGGACCUCCAGAAGGUGCAAGAGGACCGGUGCCUGCUCCAGGAGCGCCUGGGCAGUCUGCAGGGGGCACUGGCCCAGCUGGAGAGCGAGAAGCGGGAAGCUGAGCGCCUCUCCCUGCGCCUGGAGAAGGAGAAGGGUGCCCUGCGGAGGACCCUUGAGAAGGUGGAGCGUGAGAAGCUCAAGACCCAAGAGGACUCAGUGCGACUGUCUGUGGAAAAGGGGCGCCUGGAUCGGUCCCUCGCUGGUGCGGAGCAGGAGCUGAUGGAAGCCCAACAGCAGAUCUGUCGGCUUGAGGCACAGGUGGCAGAGCUGGAACGGGCCCAGGGGAAGAAGCCUCUUUGCAAAGGGUCUGCCCCCCAGUGGCAGGAGGGUCAGCGGGAGACGGAGUGCCUGAGUGGUUCUCACUGCCAUCGAGCCAGCGGGUUGGAAGAACAGAUCUCGACUCUGAAGGAGCAGCUGCAGCAGGGCGUCCAGAAGGGGCAGCCCCACUUCCCUGCUUCCUCUCUCUUUUCCGGGCGCUAGCUGUUGCGGCCGCCACGCAAAUGCACGGAGAAAGCGAGCCCCUGGGUCCCUGAAGGGGCAACGGCCCACUGAACCCCAGUACCGCAGGGCUGGACUUGAGCACAGUAAGGUAGUCCAGACCGUUGCCUUACUCUAUCCAAGAAGGUGACCAUUGUUUGAGCAGCUUCCUUACGUCUUGGAUCCAAGCUGGAUCAGAAGGAAAAUUCAUCCCCCAUAAAUGCCACCGAAGCAUGGGGGGUGGGGGGAAUAGGUAGCCCUCUGAGCCAGCCUGGUGCCCGAGGGGCCCCUUGUCUGCCGGAAGGCAUCAUUUCUUCUCUUGCGGGGAAAGGGGGCACCUGAGCUGGGGCUGGGCCACUCUCUGGCUCGAGAGGGUAAGGUGGGCCCCACCAUUGCCCAGAACAGCGUCUUGUAUGCCAGGAUGGGCCAAAGGGUAUUUGGGGUUCUCGCCCAUCGUGACCAAGGCCUUUUAACCUAACUGUAGAUGCUAAUCAGGUAUGUAUUUUUGUCUGUUUUGGCUCUUUAUGUAGCAGCCAGUCAAGGACAGUAGGCAUUUUUGUAUCCGUGGAAUUGUUACGGACUUUGUUCCUGGUUCUCGUUGCACAGCAGGGGAAUAGUUUGUAAUAAAAGACUUGGUUGGCACCCCCUUGGUCCCCCCGUCCCUCCUUUCUAUUUGGAAGGGCCAUGAAAAUGCAUGGAGGUGGCGGG